CGUGCCUAUAGCGUCUCGACGCACGGGCAUAUCUCUCGAACGCGAGGUGCUAAACGAACUUUAUUUAGUGCACAGAUAAUAAACGAGUGUAACUAUCUAUUUUGUGCUUCUCCGACGAUGAAGUAACCAAACCUCUAUCUGAUAAUACAUUAAGAAAGAGAUAACUUAUUGAAGACAGUUAUGGGGUAUUCACGUGGUCUUACCUUCAGGAGGAGAGAUAGUGAACAGUUACAUUGAAAGGUUAAUAACGACAAGAGCGUGUCAUAGCAUGUCAUAAGUCACCGAUCGGUGACUAGUACUGUCAGCGAACACUUCACUCCGUCAGAGGUACAAAAAGGCGUAGACAUGGGCAAGAAGAACUCUAAACUAAAACAAGACACCAUUGACAGGCUGACAAGUGCCACAUACUUUACAGAGAAGGAGAUACGCCUUUGGCACAAAGGCUUUCUCAAAGACUGCCCGAAUGGUCUGCUGACGGAACAGGGCUUCAUUAAGAUCUACAAGCAGUUCUUCCCGCAAGGAGAUCCGAGCAAAUUCGCAUCGUUAGUGUUCCGGGUGUUCGAUGAAAACAACGAUGGCUCGAUCGAGUUCGAGGAGUUUAUACGAGCCUUAUCAGUGACGUCACGGGGCAAUCUCGACGAGAAAUUACACUGGGCAUUUCGUCUCUACGACGUCGACAAUGAUGGUUACAUCACUCGGGACGAAAUGUACAAUAUAGUCGACGCUAUCUAUCAGAUGGUGGGUCAAAGCCCGCAGCCGGAAGACGAGAACACGCCGCAGAAGCGCGUCGACAAGAUCUUCGACCAAAUGGAUAAGAACCACGAUGACCGGCUAACUCUUGAGGAGUUCCGCGAGGGGAGCAAGGCCGACCCUCGUAUUGUGCAGGCUUUGUCGCUUGGGGGCGAUUAAUCCACGAUUAUCCUCUCACCGGAUUUCACUUUCACAUAGGCAGCUACUACUGUCUACUAUCGCUUUUCUUUAAUUUCGCAACUCUUGGUCUUUUUCUUCAACGCUUUUUGUGAGGUUUUCAUGCUUCUAAAGCAAGUAGUUGAUCAGAAUGUUAAAAUUUAGUAAGUAACUUAAAUUCUUAUGACAAUAUGUUACUUAGUCGUAUACGUUUUGUGCUGCUCUCGAAAGAGUGCGAAGAAGUGAAGAUUAAUGUAUUGAUGUUCGAGAAUGUGUAUAUUCGUCAACAAAUUCGAAAGAAAAUGAUGGUAUAAUGAGAAACAUCGUUGAAUGGUAACAGUUUCUAGGGACAGUAAAAUGAUUGUCUGUGAAUAAUAAAAUUUAAUGAGAAAAAAUAUGAACAGAGUUUGUUUUAGGAUCGAGAUUUUGCUGAAUAAUUCUUGUUUAAUUUUAUAAUGAAUUGGCAAUAGUUUUGUGAAAAUUUGCUCUACAUUUUAAGUUUAAUAGACAGACGAUGCAAUGUAAUGCUGCCCUGUGUAUUUUGCUCAACGUAGCUGAAUCUCAUUAAACAAAAUCCGGUCGAGAGAGAAACCAUAGGCUUUAAAGCCGAAAUAAUUAUUAGUGUACACAUAUACUUUAAACUCUUACUAAUAAAAACAUUUUAUCCGCAUUUAAUAGUUUUACACACAUUAAUAGAAUGCAUUUAAUACAUGCGACCCUACUGGAGUAGGAUAAGAAGAAAGAUGAAGAUUUAAUACAUAGAAUAAAAUCGACCAUAAAAUUUCCAACAUUACCAAUUUUACAUUUUUUUUAUUUUCAAUUAAUAUGACACCAACCAAUAGUGUAUGCAGCCCGUUUGUCAUUUGACUAGGCAAACUGUAAGAUUUGGCAAUUGUUAUACCGCUUUAUGAAUGAAUUUUGACACACAAUUUGCCUAGCCUCUCUAAAACUCGGCAGAUUAUAAACUGGCGGCAUUCAACAUCGGUCGGUAACAUAACGCACCAUUUAGAAGUUAUUCACAAAUAACGUUGUUAAUACCAUCAUUAUAAUGUUGUCCCAUUCAAUCAAAAUUAAAUUAAAACAAACGUUUUUGAAUUCAAAAUAAAUGUUUAUAAAAACGUUAUUAUUAUAAGAUAAUAAGUAUACAAUAUUUAUGCCUCAAUAACUUCGAACAAUUGGCAUAAUAAAUGUAAAUUUCAAAGUAAUUUUAUAGACUACAAUGAUAUUUGAAAUUGUUAAAAUAAGAUCGUAUAAUGAGAUUGCUAAUAAAUUCAUCAAAAACCAGAAAGUAUUAAUAAAAAAAACAUCGAUGUACUAACAUUUUGUUACUAAAAACGUAAUUCAAGACAUUUAUCUUGUGAUACCAUAUUUCUUAACCAGCGUCGUCAUAUGAAAAUGAAAAAUUAUGAAGCAAUCACUAAAGGAGACGAUGAAUAACAUCAACCUCCGUGACAAUUUUUGCAAUAAAAUUUAUCUAAUUCAUCAGAAAAAUCUGUAUACCCAUAAUUUUAUCAUGGGUUGGUGGUUCCAUCAGAUAUAUCCAUAUUGUUAUCUCAGUCUAAAAGAGACAGGGAUAACAAUGUUUUUGUAUCAACGAGACAGCAAUAGAAGUCCACGGUAACAUUACAGAAUACAGAUUACAGCAUAUACGACGUAAACCUGUUAUAUUUUGGAGGACUUUUGGAUAUUUCCCUUAGAAAAUUCUCAUUGUUCGUAUUAAUGUAAUUUAAUCUUAAGAACAUACUGAUAAGAACUGCUUUAUAUAAUUAUAUAGAAUAGUUUUGUCGAGAAAAAAUUUUCACGUAAUUGAGAAUCUUUGAGUUUUGAUAUCGUUCAGCAAACUUAAAAGGGCGUAGUUAUACGUGACGGUUUUAAAGUCAAUUUUUGUCUAUUGACGAUGUUUGUAGGAAUUGUUGAGAAAUUGGAAUGAUAGAGAGUAGGACAAAAUUUUGCGGGCUGUGCAUUUUGUCUAGAUAUAAGUAGAUGGUUCUGUGUGAUUUCACUCAAAUUUAAGGCUCAGACGCCCUCUAUAACUUCGGUUGAUGAAUUAACAAAAAAAAAAUAUGAAGUAAGAGAUUUUAAUCUCACCUUAAUUUGUUUUAAAAACAUUUCUCUAAUGUUAUGAUUACAUUUUAAACAAACUUGCAACAUUUUCACUAACUAAAAGUAAUGUGUUACGAAAGCAGCAAACUAUUUAAUUUGUCUUCACUUGAUAUGCGAGUCUUUAGUACAUUCCUUACUAUGGCUAUAAUGCCUAUAUUCAUAAUUAAAUAAAAUAUUCGUUUAAGAUUGUAGUUGUUAAAAUUAGAAUCCGUAUUCAAUAUAUUGGAACUUUAUGUAUUUCUUAAAAUUAAGCAUUUACGAUUAAUUAUAUUAACAUAGAGGUGUGUAGCCAAAAUUCAUUCAAUAGAUGUAAUGUAGAUUAACGAUGGUUAUUUGUUAAAACACACUGCUUUUACUUCUUACGCAGUUAUUUAUUUACGUUUGAAAAUUACUACAUUAUUUAUGUCGGGUAGCAUAUUUUUUACGUUGUAAAUUUUUCCAACUUAUUUAUUGUAAUAAAUGCAUUUUCAUUUUAAAUUACUUUAUAAAAUCGAAGCAUUUAUACGGAAAAAGAUCUCUUUCAAAUUAUAAAACGAUAUUAGUUGAAUAAUAAAGAUUUUUAUCACAAAAGGAAUCACAGUACAGUGCGUUGUUAUUCAAAACUUUGGCACAAAUGUUUAUCGGAAUAGUUUAACCUUAUGUAAGUCAUUUGUUUAGGAAAUUUUUCCACUUCGUACAUUUAAGUUUCACUUACACUUUAUUACUUAGUAUUAAAUUUAAGAUUAGUAGUAAGAAUUAUUUAGUUCGCUACCACGUUUCGUAACUUUUAAAUUAUAUUAGGUGUUCAGAGUUCUAAACAUUUUAGGUAUGUAGUACACUGCCGCAAAAGCGUUUCGGAACGGAAGUAAACCCAAUUUUACUAUGAACCUGGUAUGGAUUAUUCCAGAGAAUCAUUUAGGAGACUCAAAGCAACCGUAUUGUUAGUUGUUAACAGUGGUAAAGCCCGCUUUAAAACCUUCGCACGAAUGGUCCGGCUCGCCCGGUAUAUUACCACGACCACACAGAAAACAGGCAUGAAGUGGAAGCUAUUCCACGUUUCACCUGAUGAGUGUGGUGACGGAGGCCUAAUUUUAGUCAAUUUCCCUUCUCACCCUUUUCUUAAGAGGAAAGGAUGGGACGGAAAAGUAGAUUUGACGGUGGAGGAGACUCAAAGGAAGGGAUAAUAUCCGCUUCAUGUGCGUCUCCUCCUCCAUCUAUUAAGAAUAGGCAACGAAUCUGCAAUUGCGGAUUAUGUGCAGCGGUCGCUUCCAUUUCGGUGGAUUCAGGUGGCCGCUUGCUGGUUUGCCAACCUUAUAUUAUAUUAUGGGGCAAACUGUGUUAGAUUAUCGCGUUUCGCUUUCACGUCGUUUUCGUUUCGCAUUCGCGGCAGUGUGCUAGAUCUUUCUCUAUCAUUUCUCUCUGUACAUAAUUAUUACAAUUCGCAAACUUUACAAUACUUGAUUGAUAUGGUAUUAUUCACUUUUAAUAUAACUGAUAAAUAAAGGACAUUAAAAUG